UUACAAAAAGUGUUGGUAAUAAUUGUGUUAGUUGUAUACUGAAGUGUAUAAAAGGUCUACCAAGCAGGGCCGCUUAAGGCGAGAGGGUUCUUUCUCUUCCCGUGCUAUCGUGCUCUUGGGCUUCCUUUUUCACCUGCCAUCCUUCUGGAGCAGCCUCAGUUUGAAGCUUGCACGAAACGAGUUCAGAGGCGAGAGAAAAGAAACACCAACAAAACGAAGGAAGAAGAUGUCAAUUUAACCUGUAAUCACAGAAUAUUGGCAUUUUUUUCGGUGUGAUUUACAAGAUUACAAUUAAUUUCGUAAUAAAGUGACCUCGAAGUGAACGACAACACAAAAGUCAUCGCAUUAAUAUAAAGAAUACAGAGAUAACGGAACAUCCGGACCGCGAUAAAGAGAGAGAGAGAGAGAGCGAGAGAGACACACCAUCAGUGAGCGUGAGAGACCCCCGCCAAGAGAAGAUAGUGGCGCGGAUCGUGUCUAAAGGCGUUUUAGUAGCGAGCCCGCAGUCUGCCAGAACUGAGUGACUCGUGCGCGUGUGCAGUUGUUGCGUGACAAUCGGCUCCAUCCAUUCUACACCGCUUGAUAAGCCGGAAAGCUCGAUCGAUUUGACCACCCCAACAACACACUAUGUCGUCCAAGAACAACAACAGUGCCGGUGCGACGACCACCCCGAAGUACGAGGCGCGCCUCUGCCACGUGGUGAAGCGGGCCGACUUUGACGGGUACGGGUUUAACCUGCACGCGGAAAAGGGCCGCCCGGGCCAGUACAUCGGCAAGGUGGACGAUGGGUCGCCGGCGGAAUCGGCCGGCCUGCGCCAGGGCGACCGCAUCAUCGAGGUGAACGGGCAGAACAUCACGACCGAGACGCACAAGAAGGUGGUCGAGCUGAUCAAGACGGUGCCGAACGAGACGCGCCUGCUGGUGAUCGAUCCGCGGGCCGAUGCGAACGACCUGAAGGCGGCCCUGGCGAAAGCAGCCGCCGCCGGUCCAGUUACGAACGGGACGUCCAUCAACAACAACAACAACAUUACCAACGGUACGACCAACGGGCAUCACGAGAACGGCGGUGUGAACGGCAAAGAGAAUGGAGUGAAAAAGGACACGAAGGAGCUGGUAAACGGUGGUGGUAAGGUGGAGAUGGAAAAGGCACCGAAGGUGGCAUCUCCGAAUGGCAUGACGGCUGUAAAUAACAACAACAACAACAACAACCACAGCCACAGCAAUGGCAAUGGAACGGCCGCCGCCCCGGACACCAACCCGAAGCUGAUGGAAAAGAUCAUCGACGACACGACAAAGGUGCUGACCGUGACGGACGGUGCUGCCGUCGGGAAGAUGGCACUGAAUGGCACUGGUCCGGCGGCACCGGUCACCACCACGCAGAACGGUACGACGGAACCGCCCAAACCGGCCGAGGGCAAGAAGCUGAACCUGCCGAUGACGGCGGCCGAGAUGCGGGCACAGCUGGCCGCGCGCAAGAAGUACGAUCCCAAGAGCGAGGUGUGCGAUCUGCGCAAAAAGUACGAAAUCAUACAGAAAAUGUAAGGCCUGCGCGGUCUUGCUGGACAGUCCAAUGUGUUAGAUGUUUAUGUGUUAGAUCGUGUAUGCACCCAAACAAGCAGACAGAGAGAGAGAGAGAGGAGAAUAGUGAAGGUGGGUCACAGGAUUCACGGGAGAGAUCAUCGCCGUGCCCCAGAGGGAGGAAAGUGAAAGUCGCUUAUCUCACACUCUCUCUCUCCCACACAGAAAGUUGCACCGGAUGUAGUGACUUGUAGAAGGAAGCUGUUGCGAGGCAUCUGAGCGUGCCGGUAGUGGCCGUUUUAUUUACCCACAAGCUUAGCUGUGUGUGUGUGUGUAUUUAUUCUAAAGCUCCGGAGCCGUUUGCACGAUCAUAUCAAGGGUGACAGUGUUUACACGUCUCAAACGUUUUGUGUGUGUGUGCGCAUUAGGAUAUUGGAAUACGGAUCCAGUAGCGGAAGCAGUGGGCAAAUAGUAAUCAAAACAACCGUUGCCAACCGUUGCAGAGGUUGUGAUACAAAAAAGCACGAUUUGCUUGCUUACGUGAGACGUCAUCUGGUGUGGAAUUCCGGAAGUGAAGGUUGAUUCUGUACCAUUUUUAUUGAGGUCUGCUUCUUCUUAUCAACACGGGGAUUUGAUUGCGCGCGCGCAAUAGUGUGUUCUAAUUUAUAGCUUUCUGAUUGACCUUUGUGCAAUCCACCCCCAAAACCAUCUAGGAUGGAAUGUUUUUACACCCCCAAUCGUCGUACGUUCAGAAACGUAUCAACGAUAAGGUGUGCGUGUCACCGUCUCUGCUAUCGUCUGCGUCCAAUCGGUGACAGAGAGCGUGCGAUGAAAAUGAAUUUGAUUUUGCAACGCGCAGUUAAACGAAGCACCAUAUCACUCACGCAUUACGUUAAGGGGGUUGUGUUUUUUUGUUUUCUCUCCUUGUUCUUGGCCAUCGUUCCAUCGUCUGAUAACACACUGGCACUGGGACCACAAAAAUGGUCUCUUCCAUAACGCUAUCAGUGCCUUCCUUUGUGAUCGGAUCGAUAGAUAAGCUCCACACAGCUCACACACACACACACAAACUGACGCGGAAUUCUGUGACAUGACACACUUGCGGGGCCGGACAGCAGUCAUUGCAGAAAGGGGAAGCACCCUUACAUGGGAGCAAAUUAAUUGAUUUUCUUAAUGUUGUCGCAGAACAGCGUAACAACACAAACAAUUUGCACAUUCCAUUGAUAGGGGGGCUGGUGUGUGGUGAUCACACCGCGAUCUAUUCCACCGUUCGGUUGACCAAGCGUUCAAAAUUGAGGAAAAAGAUACUACUACUGUUGUAAAACGUAAUUAAUAUAGCUAAGCAUAUUACAUCAAUGUAGAAAAAAAAAACAAAACAAUGUAAGCAACGUUUAUGCGCGUAUUGAAGCAAAAGCAACACAGCAAAAAAAGAGACAAACACACCGAGCAAAACAGAAUCCGAGGAGAACACCGUGUGCCAAAAUUUGUUCCUCACCUCCCCCAUCCCCAUUACCCUCCGUUCCCAUGUGGCAAGCAUUUCAGAGAGGAAGCUUACGCUCUCACAAAAAGAAGAAAAACAACAGUUUGCAGUUUGUUAGAUGCAUUUUAUCAGUUUGCUUCCACCUUCCAGAGGGUUUGUAGUUUAAUGUUUGUAGUUUGUAGCCAUAUAGAGAGAGCGAGAGAGAGAGAGAGAGAGCCCUCUUGAAGAAAUGAAAAAUGCAUCCCCUAUCCCGUCAUCACAGAGUGUGGCCGAAGCCGUGUAGUGGUAAUGUUUUAGUUUGUAAGAGACACGGAAGAACGGUAGAAGAAAAACGGGAAGGUGGUCGAUAAAGAGCGAGAAAAAAGAUGAUGCUGCGAGAGAGAUUUUGCACAACACGUAUGCAAAAAAGUGUAAUAAGUUGUAGAAUAAAGUAUUUAUGACGUAAGAAGAA